UCAACGCAGCACUAGUGACGUUUCGGGUGUGGGCGGGGUUGGAAUCCAGCCUAACAGUACAGUACUUACCCGGACACUGCUAAACUCAGCUGUCACCUCUCUGGAUCUUAAACAUGGCAGGGAAUAAGUCUUACACUAUAGUAGAAUACUUCGGCGGAGACGAUGGUUACCGCUGUGGUUACUGUAAAAAUGAAAAGGGGAACUUUUCUCAUGGGAUGUGGUCUCACACCAUGACGGUGCAGGACUAUCAGGACCUCAUAGACCGAGGCUGGAGAAGAAGUGGGAAAUAUGUGUAUAAACCCAUAAUGAACAAGACGUGCUGUCCACAGUAUACUAUCAGGUGUCAUGCUUUGAAAUUCCAGCCUUCCAAAUCCCACAAGAAAAUCCUGAAGAAGAUGAACAAAUUCAUUUCCAAAGGGGAAUUACCAAAAGGACAGGGUGAUGGGGAGCCAAUGGACUCAGUGUGUGAAGAAGCAGGUCCACGGGAACCCAGUAAAAUGUGUCAGUCAGAAGUGAAGUGUGCUGCAAGCAUAGACAUUCAGAAGGAAGUAGCAACAUGUCCAGCUAUCACAGAAGUCCAGACGGAGGUAGUGGAUGUCACACCUCCCAUCUCAGAAGCAUCAGGGAAGGAUCUGGUGUCCGUCAUACAUGGAAGAACAACAGCCACUGCUCCAAAACCAGGGGUGGGAGCUGAUUCUAGCCGGCCGCCAUGCCGGAAGGCCAAAGAGUUGAGGAAGGAGCGACGUCUUCAGAAAGAGCAGAUGAGACAUGACGCUGAUGGGGUCUCUUCCAUUGUCUCUCCUACCCCGCUGACUUCCACCCAGACCGAUCAACCCAAACUCCUGGAAGAUUUUAUCAGUGAGUCAUUGCCUGACUCUUCUCGUUGCCUUGAGGUGAGGCUAGUGCGCUCCAAUCCCCCUUGUCCUCAGUUCAAAGCCUCUUUCGACGCCUCCUACCAGGUGUACAAACUCUACCAGAUGGCCAUUCACAAGGACCCUCCUGAAAAACCCUCCGAGAGCCAGGUGAGGCUAGUGCCGGUCAGCUUUGAGGACCCUCAAUUCACAGCAUCCUAUCAGCAGUCGGCGGCGCUGUACGCCCGCUACCAGAUGGCCAUUCAUGGUGACGACUCCAGCGAAUGUAGUGAGAGUGAGUUCCGCAGAUUUCUCUGUGAUUCACCACUGGAGGCUGAAUAUUCUCCAGAUGGGCCCGAGAUGGGCUACGGCUCCUUCCACCAGCAGUACUGGCUGGACGGACGUAUCGUGGCGGUGGGGGUGAUCGAUAUCCUGCCUACCUGUGUGUCCUCUGUCUACCUGUACUACCACCCAGACUUUGCCUCACUCUCUCUGGGCUCCUACUCUGCUCUCAGGGAGAUUGCUUUCACCAGGCAGCUGCAGAAACAGUCCCCCAAGCUAUCCUACUACUACCUGGGCUUUUACAUUCACUCCUGUCCCAAGAUGCGGUAUAAGGGGCAGUAUCGGCCUUCUGACCUCCUGUGUCCAGAAACCUUUGUGUGGGUACCGAUAGAGCGAUGCGUACCCCAUCUGGAGAACUCCCGCUAUGCUCGUUUCAACCAAGAACCUGGUGCUGGAGAUGUUCGCAUGCUGAAGGAUGUGGGCAGAGCUCUGGUGCUAUACAGACGGACCGUCAUGCCCUACGCUGCUUACUCCCGCAAACGCAAAGGCUCCAGCGAUGAGACGGAGGUGCGGCAGUAUGCCAGCUUGGUUGGCCAGGAUUGUGCCGAAAGGAUCUUGCUCUAUCGCUCCUAAACAUACUGCGUCACACCGCAGCACCUUUUUUUUUUUAUUUAAAAAAAAAAUACCUAAAUACACUUUUCCCACCAAUGUAUGUGUGUUUCUGUUGAUGUACGUCUGUGUGUCGCCUCACUGUUUGUGAAAGUGCUGUCUGUUGCCUCUCCAAGUAGUCUCACCAUGCUUAGCUGUACACAGGCUGGAACAGUGCAGUAGCCACUCACCAUGUGCUUAGGUAUGUGCGCAUCACCCAUUGGCCUCAUUCAUCUGUUAUUUCUCAUGCACAUUUAUUUUAUGAGUUCAGUUUUAUUCAUCCACAAAUCCUCCAGCAUCCAUCCUCAGUUUCUUCAUCUCAGUUUCUUCAACAUCUUUUUGUUUGAUUUGAGUUCAUUCAGGGACCAGUCCCUUCAAUGUUAUUUGGUUUAUGUAUCCAAUGCUUUAAUUUUUUUUGCCCCAUCCUCAUUCCUUUGUGGUUAAAUAAUGAUGUUCUAAGUGUGGCUAUAGCUACGCACAGGUUACACCACUGAACACAGUUUAGAUUAAGUCAGCAUCACCUCAUGCAGAACAUGUUCUCCUUUGAAUGUUCAGUGAUUUUGAAGAUGGUUUUCAUUUGCUUACAUCCCAAAACUUCAGCCUGACUCAUGCUACACCACAACAUUGUAAAAAUUAUUAUCACUUUAUGUGAAGCGAAGAACUCACUGUCUGCAAUGUUUUUCUUUGUUUUAUUUAUAGCUUUAUUUGCUUUUCUUUUAAAAUUGACUCUGAUUAAAAUUAAAUAAAGGGGUUGUAUAUUCCCCUGCUUGUGA